UACGAGUUGCAUGAAAUCGACACCAUGGAAAUUCGUCGAAGCCUUCUCUUCUUCAUCUUCGCCUUCUCUUCCAAAAGCUCCGAUUUCAUCUCCGUGUAUGAAUUCUCAGAUUUGAGUUCAUGACUCCCACUUCGAAUUCGCCAUGGCUUCUCUCCUCGUCAGAGUUUCCUUCUUCCUCCUCCUUCCCCUGUUUCUUAGUGCGGCAGUAGCAGCGGCGGAAGAGGAGGACUGCCAUGGCCUGCGCGAGCUCGACGACCACGCAGCCAUUUGCGCUUAUCUCAGAGCUCACACCUCCGCCUGCGCCCCUCAAGGCUUGAUCGACUACCUCCAGCUCUUCUACUGCGCCUGCGGCGGCCGCCCCUUCCUCGGCCACGCCCUCCUCGCUCUCUGUCUCCUCCUGCUCUUCUACCUCCUCGGCGACACCGCCUCCGUCUACUUCUGCUCCUCCCUCGAGGGCCUCUCCGCCGCACUCCGCCUCCCGCCGACCAUCGCCGGGGUCACGCUUCUCUCCCUCGGUAACGGCGCUCCCGACGUCUUCUCCAGCCUCGCCUCCUUCUCCGCCUCCUCCGGCGUCGCCGACGUCGGCCUCAGCAGCAUCCUCGGCGGCGCCUUCUUCGUCUCCUCCGUCGUCGUCGCUGUCAUCGCCCUCCUAAUCCCCGGCGGCGCCGCCGCCAUCGACCGCGCCAGCUUCCUCCGCGACCUCUGCUUCUUUCUCCUCGUCCUCACCGCUCUGUUCCUCGUAUUGGUCAUCGGGAGCAUCGGCGUUUGGGGCUCCUUCGCCUUCUUCUCCCUCUACAUUGCGUACGUCGUCCUCGUAUGGAUCAUGCACCACCACAAAAACAGAGACACCGAUCUGUUGAUCCCAAUUCUCCAUGGCUCAUCCGCAGAAGAAGACCCAGAGGCCAAACUACUUUCCGAAGAACCUCAUCGAUUGAAGACGAACUCAAAUUCUCAAGUUUCAUUCUACUUUAGCAGGUUCAUCUGGAUUCUAAAGAUGCCGCUCUACUUGUCAAGAAGACUAACAAUCCCAGACGUGAGUGAAGAGAGAUGGUCCAAGCCAUUCACCGUCGCUUCCGUGAGUUUGUCACCUCUGUUCCUGGUAACCCUUUGGCUCGCCGAAACAGGGGAAGUAAGCACAGCAGAGAAGUUAACACUCUACCUCAUCGGAAGCUUGAUCGGCUUUCUUCUUGGAUGCAUUGCCAUGGCCACCACUGAGCGUUCGGCCCCUCCAAAAACCUGUUUGUUCCCUUGGCUUGCAGGUGGGUUCAUGAUGAGUGUGAUAUGGUCUUACAUUAUAGCAGGGGAACUUGUUUCCUUACUUGUCUCCAUCGGUGAGAUAGCUCACAUCACUCCCACGGUUCUGGCCUUCACUGUCUUGGCUUGGGGCAACUCAUUAGGGGACCUCAUUGCCAAUGUUGCCAUGUCAAUCCAUGGAGGAGGUGAUGGAGUUCAGGUUGCCAUCUCCGGGUGCUACGCAGGGCCAAUCUUUAACACACUUAUGGGGCUGGGUCUGUCUCUUGUGCUGGCUUCUGCGGCUUCUCACCCUGCUCCAUUUGUGGUGCCCAGGGACGCCACCAUUUUUGAGACAUUGGGGUUCCUGAUUGGCGGCUUGCUCUGGGCUCUCAUCGUUCUCCCAAGGAGAGGGAUGAAGCCAGAUAGAGUGCUGGGGAUUGGACUGCUGGUCAUCUACUUCGCAUUUCUCUGCUUGAGGCUCCUCGAGAGCCUUGAGCUGGUGAAGAUUGGAAUUCUCUGAGACAAGUUCUGUAGUAGAUUUCGCAGUGGAUGUUGCUGGAACUUAAGAUUUUUUUUCAGUUCCAGAAUGUGGCGAGAUCGUUUUUCACUGAUGUCCCUCGAGCAAUGAAGACAAAGGAUAAGAUAUUGAAUGAUUGUUUUGUUUCUCCAUGUUUUGUAGGGUGAUGGUCCUGAUGCUUUGGGAUGGGCUUUGAUUCCCAAGUUAGGGCACUUCACUUUUGAAACAUUUGUAAAUUUGAGGUUUUCUUAAAACUGCUAACGCACGUCAGAACAAACUUAUUGUUCAUGAUUUGAAUGCACAGAAAUGAGUAAUCAUUGUUGAGAAGCAGACAGCUAAGGUGAAUCAAUAAUGGCGGAGAGGUCAUACCUAAGCUUCUAUCAGUCUGGUGGAGGCAGUUCUGGGCAGUGGGCAUGCACAUCUCCUUCUAAGCAUCCUUAUCAGCCAUCUGGCUCCAUGCAUGAUUCUCCUACAUAUUUCUCUUUCUUGAAUUUUAUAUCGCAGUUUGGAAAUGUACGGAUUCAAAAUUAAUAUAUGUUCGAUAAAUA